AUGCCUAAUAAUAAAAAUCAUAAAGACUAAGGCGUUUGGAAAGAAUUGGAAAACGGGAGUUAUCUUACAAUACAACGAUACACACAAGAUAAAGCUCUAGAUUUUGGAACAAAAGACAACAAUUAGGUUGUGAUCUAAAGGAGGAACAUUCGAUCAUAAAAUUUGGAGAUAAAUCAAACAGCUUAUCAUGAGAAAUAUGGCUAUGUGGUAUUGGAAAGAGACAAUAAUGUCCAGGCUAAAAUUGAUAUGGGCUCCAAUCUAGACUUAUCAUAACUACCAAAUUCUUGGGAAUGCAUAAUCUUGAAUAAAACUGACUAAAAGAUAGAUUAAUAAUUGAAAAGUGAAGAACCUAAGAAAGUGAAUAUCUAAGCGAGUGAAUUUACCUUUUUGAUAUAGAUUGAGACAGUAUGUACAAUUGAAAAUUAGGUUACUAUCUAAAAGCAUAAAGUUCACAUCAAAGAUCCAAUACUAUCGUUGAUAUAGCCAAUGAAGAAACUUUACCUGUGUGAAUUAGAAGGUUUUUAUCUUGAAAAAGAAUUAGAUUUCAGCAAAACAUUCAUUUAAGAGUAGAUUAAGAAUAAUUAGCAAAUCGUUCUACAUGGAAUAAGAACUGAUAAAAAUCUUGAUGGUGAUCAAACUAAAUUCUUUCAAAGAUUUCAAAAUUGUGAAAAACAGGGAGGAUGGGGGUACUAUGGUGUAAUGGAUGGAAUUAAAAUAUUGUGCUAAAAAAGCAUAAUCUUUUAUGGGGUUGGAAUAUUCGAACAGUCUGACACAGAUUCACCAAAGCCAUUCACUCUAGAAUAUAAGUACUCAAUCAUUGAUUAAUACGGAAGUGAUAUUUAUGAGAGCAAUUUAAUUAUAGAAGACGUUCAAUACAGUUCAAUUGAUGUCAAUGAAUUCCACUUCUUCAAAUAUAAAUUCAAAAAAUUUCCUAAAGGGAUUAAAGUUUAGGCAGGCUAGACAAUUCAGUAUCGAUAAAAAGUUUCAAUGAGUAAGAUGUUUUACUCAAUUACAGGCAUUGAAUAUGAUAAGAUUUAAAAUCCUGACAUGGAUAUUUUCAAAUUAGGUAAUGCAGAAAGUAGCCAAACAACUGUUAGUAAAGGCCUCAUCCCUGGAUUUCUUUACUAACUGUAUUGA